AUGGCGACUGGCGAGAUGUCACCAUGGGACGGCUGGUGCACAUCACAGUUAAAGAUUAUCCUUCUUGGUGGCAGAAACUCUGGAAAGAGCUCUGUGGGGAACUUAAUCCUGGGCAAAGAGGAGUUUGUCACCAAAGAGAGGACCUCGUGCUCCCGGAGGCUGGGUGUGGUGGCCGGUCGGUGGCUCACGGUGGUGGACACUCCCGGCUGGUGGUGUGACUUCAGCUCUCAGGACACAUCUGAGCUGGUGAAGAGGGAGAUCGUAAGCAGCGUCUCUCUGUGCUCACCAGGCCCACAUGUAUUUCUAAUCACAAUCAAGGCGAGCUCAGGCUUCUCUGAGAAGCGUCGGAGGGCUGUGGAGGAGCACGUGGCACUGCUGGGUGAGAGGGUGUGGAGUCACUGCCUGGUGGUCUUCACCUCUGAUGACAGGUUCAAACACACAGAGCCUGAAGAGCUCAUUCAGAGGGGGGGAAAGGCCCUCCGCUGGCUCAGAGAGAAGUGCAGUCAGAGGUGUCACAGUGUUAUCUCGAGCGAUGAUACUGAAGAGCUGAUGGAGAAGAUACAGCAACUUGUUGCAGGAAAUGGAGACGGAGUGUUUGAAAUGCAGGAAAACAUUUUACAGGCGACUGCAGAGGAGAAGAGGAGGGUGGAGGAGAGGGCUCAGCAGAGGUUGGUGAGGAUGAAGAAACACAGAUCUCUCAUGAGAGAGAGGUUGCGGCCGGUUACUAAUAUCCGGAUUGUGUUGGUGGGAGCAAAGGGUUCUGGGAAAACCUCGGUUCUGAACACAAUCCUGAGCAGAGAGGGCAGCCAGCGGGUGAGGAGAACGGCCCGGUGCGAGGUUGGAACAGGAGUGGUGUUUGGGAGACAGGUGACCGUGGUGGACACGCCGGGCUGGUGGAUGAACUACUUCUGUGACGAGAGUCCCGUCUUCGACCGGAGGGAGCUGGUGCUCAGUUUGUCCCUCUGCCCUCCGGGGCCUCACGUCUUCCUGCUGGUGAUCCGUGCGGACAGAGCCUUCACCGAAACCUACAGGAGGGCGGCGCAGGAGCACCUCCAGCUGAUCAGCGAACACAUCUGGAGUCGUGUCAUCGUGCUGUUCAGUUUCGGGGACUGGCUGGGAGGCACGACCACGGAGCAGUGCAUCGAGAGCGAGGGAGAGCCUCUGCGGUGGCUCGUUGAAAGAUGCAACAACAGGUAUCAUGUCCUGAACAAUAAAACUAAAGGGGAUGGAUUUCAAGUCAGAGAGCUGAUUGGGAAGAUUGAGGAAACGUUGGCCGGCUGCAACGCUGGCCAGCAUUAUGAAAUGGAGAGGGAAGUGGUGGAACAGCUGGAGGUGAAGAUGAAGAGAGAGGAGGAGAGAGCCAAGGAGAGACUGAGGAGGAAGGAGAAACAAAGACAGAUGGCGAAGGCUCAGCUGGAGAAGCUCAACCCUCUUCCAGAACUGAGAAUAGUGCUUGUUGGCGGCAGGAAAACAGGCAAGAGCUCAUGUGGAGACACCAUCCUGAGCAGAGAGUGCUUCCACACAGAAACCAGAACCACUUCCUGCUCCGAAAAACGAGCCAAAAUCAGCGGCAAGACGGUGGCAGUGCUGGACACGCCGGGCUGCUUCUCUGUGACCUCUGACCUCCUCGUGGCAUCCUGUGCCAUCCUCCUGGUGGUCAAUGUGAGCGCCUCGUUCAGUAGUACCCACAUGGAGGCCAUGGAGAAACAGCUGGAGGCAGGAGGAGGCCAGAUGUGGAGCAGAGCCGUGGUCCUGUUCAGCUACGGCGACUGGCUGGGCGACACGAGCAUCGAGCAGCGCAUCGAGAGCGAAGGAGAGCCGCUGCGGAGGCUCGUUGAGAAGUGUGGGAACAGAUAUCACGUCCUGGAUAAUAAACACCGAGACGAUGGAGCUCAGGUUGACGACCUCAUCGAACUGAUGGAGGAGACGCUGGUUGGAGAAAGGCUGGCGAUUCUUCAAAGAGGUUAUCACAUGUGGAAAAGUGUUUCAUCACAAGAUGCAACGCCGUGUCAAAAAGAUUUGAAGAUGGUCACAAGCUGCAGACAUCAGCUGUCCCAUGACCUGAUUCAAUUAGCCAAUCCCACCACUCAAACACCACUAAACUACCCAGGAGGCCCAGGAAAUGGUGGUCAGAUAGUGGCACUACCAGCAGGACGGACUGGACUCAACAGCCUGGACAGAGCCAGCUUCCUGUCCUGUUUAGCCUCUAUGUUCUCUGGUAAAGAAGCACUGAGGUGGACUAUAAAUCUGCCUGUCUGGUUCCCUGCUGAUGAUCUUCACCUGAACGGUGAACGCCGUCUGUUCUCAUCCACACAUCCAACGAUGCUUCUGGUUUUACCUCAAACACAACGCAGGAUGCUUGCGGAGGACAUCAGUGUGCGUUCCCUCUGCCAUCCUGCAGUGAGAGAGCGGACUCUCAGGAGGCUCACUGAGUCCGGAGGUCUGCAGGCGCUCAUGGACCGGUGGGACGACAGCAGCCUGGAGGAGCUGGAAGCCUUCAUCGACUCGUACUUUGAGAUGAUUUGGGAGCAAACAAUGGGGUCAUUUCAGGAACCCGUCUGUCCCACCGCAGAGCAGGAUGCUGCUGUCGAGGAGGAGGCCGGACAGCAGGACGUGCUCUCAUCCAUCGACAGGAAACUCUCAAAGCUGGAGCUCCUGGAGGACAUCAAGAGGGAUCUGGCCGAGCUGAGGACGAGUCUGGACAGCAGCUGGAAGGUCAUACAGGAACUCAGAGAAAAGAGUAAACAGGAUGAAAACAACACAUGUUGAUACACAAAGUGAUCAAAGAUGGAGUAAAUAGUUAUCUCAUACUGUCCAAAUUAAUUUAUGUUUUUCUGACUAAGAAGUAAAAAAACAAAUAGUCAAAAGAUGUCUUUGACUGAAGGAGCUACAUGUUUGUUAUGAUGUGUUUGUUUGAUUAGCUGUAUUUAUCCACAAGGGGGAGCUGUUGUAUAAGAGUAGAUUGUCAUGUGGCUGCUGAAACAUCAGGUCUGUGGUGAUGGAAGUACUCACAUCUUUUAUUUAACCCUUGUGCAUCACUGGGGACAUUUUUGUCCUCAAAGACAGUGGUUCCUAAACUUUUUCUAAACUGAAACAAAUUAUACCACGGACCCCCAUUUGAUAAUAUUUUGUCCCAGGGUCCCUCGUCUGAUAGGACUUUUGCUUUUAGAUGUUUUAUUACAGAAAGUGUAUGAAACCCAAUGACCAAAAUAGUCAUUGUGUUACUCAUGGAUGGAAUUAUAGUGAAAACAGAUUAUUCCCUGGACUCCUUGGAACCCCCUCAAGGACCUCUGAGGGUCCCCGGACCCCAUUUUGAAAAUCACUGCCCUAAGGACAUCAGAGAAACUUAAAGUGAGGCACAAGAAAGUAGCAAUACCACAGUGUAGAAAUACUCUGUUACAAGCAAAAGUAAUGCAUUCAAAAUGUAAGUAAAAGUACAAAAAUAUUACCAAAAGUACCAAAAGUAAAAUUACUCAUUAUGCAGUAUGACCCAAUUCAGAUAAUGUAUAUGAUAUUAUUGGAUUAUAACUAUUGAUGCAUUAUUGUGUUCAUCACUUUAAUAUUGCAGCUGGUAAAGGUGGGGCUAAUUUUAAUUACUUUAUUAUCCAUAAUUAUGUACUUUACACU